AUGUCGGCCACGGGUAAGAACGUCAAUGCAUCCACCACACCCGCCUUCGUCUCUGCCCUAGUGGUAGCAGGCAUAACCGUAGGAGGAUUCUCACUCGUCUGGUUGAUCCUACACAAUCGAAAGAGCCUCAGACGAGUCUUUCAACCCAGAGCUGAAAUCGCUCCGGAAUCCAAACGACCUCCCGAAUUGCCAGGCAAUCCACUAUCAUUUUGGAAAACGAUAUGGAGUCUACCUGACAAGGAGAUCAUGGUCGCCAACGGUCUCGACGCUUACCUCUUCGUGAGAUACCUCAAAGUCUUUGGACUUCAAAUGAUGGGACCCUACGUCAUACUCUCUAUCGCCAUCUGUGUCCCCAUGUCUGCCAUCGCACCCAACAAUGGCCUCGACGGUCUCAACCAGAUGUCGUUUGGUAACGUGCCUUCUACCAGUCAUGCUCAGCUCCGACACAUUGGUCAUUUCCUCGUCGCCGUUGUCCUGAUGAGCUGGACCUUAUACCUUCUCUACAGAGAAUACAACCACUUUAUCGACGUUCGACGAGAGUGGCUCUCAUCUGCUCAACACUUGUCCCUCGCUCGCACGCGAAACGUAGCCAUUACCAAUCUUCCAGACUCUGUCAACUCUGAAUCAGGUCUCAAGGAGCUCGCAGGUGUUGUCGCCAGAUUGACUGGAUCAGCGGCCCCUCGACCGAGCAACGUCACGGAUGGUACCGUCCACAAUGCACUGGACGAAUCAGGCGGUGUCAGAAAUAUUUGGCUCUCCAAGAAACUCGAUGAUCUCGAACAAGUCUGGCAGGACCGAGAUGAUGAGUGCUCGCGGCUCGAAGGAGGCGUAGGCAAACUUCAAAAGCUCGCAGCCAAGAAUCAGCGCAAGGGCAAAACGCCAGAGGCAAAAGGCACCUAUGACUCUGAGAAAUCGAACGCCGUCAUUGACCGAUUUGUCUUGCCCAAGAAACAGCCAACCUGGAGACAGGGACCUCUCGGACUCAUCGGCAAGAAGAUGGAUCUCAAUAGCUCGCCAGCGUUCAUUGCUGCGCAUAACGUUCAACUCGAAUCCAUGCGAGCGGAAGCCGGAAAUCUCCCAUCUGGAAACACUGCAUUCAUCCGAUUCAGCUCGCAAGCCGAAGCCCACGAAUUCGCCCGACUCGUCUCGUCCACUGACAAAAAGCACCGAUCUAUCCGUUCAUCCAUCGAGGUCAUCCCUGAAGAUGUUCGAUGGAAUGCACUCGCCAUCAGUCCCAUGCAGAGACGACUCCGCACUGCCAUUUCAUGGGCCCUGACCAUCUUCCUCAUCAUCAUCUGGGCCAUUCCCGUCGCCUUUGUCGGUAUCGUCAGUAACGUCGACACGCUUUGUGAAACUGUAUCCUGGCUCGCUUGGAUCUGCCAAAUCCCCAAACCCGCGCUGGGAAUCAUCAAGGGUGUUCUGCCACCUGCUCUUCUGGCUGUUCUCUUCAUGCUCCUGCCAAUCGUUCUGCGCGCCUGGGUAGGCAUGCAAGGCGAAAUUCGGAACAGCGAUGUCGAGCUCAAGUUGUUCAGUCGAUUCUGGCUCUUCCAAGUCAUCCACGGAUUCCUCAUCGUCACACUGGCGAGUGGUCUAGUUGGAGCUCUUCAAAAUAUUGGCAGUGAGGUUCAGAAGCUGCCAACCUUGCUUGCUACCAAUUUGCCAAACGCCAACAUCUUCUUCCUCACAUUUAUCCUCACUGCGACAUUCACAACUGCUGCCAAGGCCUAUUCUCGAGCUAUCCCCUAUGUCAUGUUCCUACUCAAGGGCAUUCUUGCCGGCAACACCCCUAGAAAAGUCUAUAUCAAGCAGCACAAGAUGGACCAGUUCCCCUGGGCUGUUGUCUGGCCACCUAUUUGCCUCAUUAUCUGCAUCACCAUUGUUUACUCCGUUAUUCAGCCGUUGAUGACAGUCCUCACCUUCGUCGCCUUCCUUAUGUUCUUUGCCGCGUACAAAUACCUGCUGUACUGGACUACCGACCAGCCCGACUCGCUCGAAACCGGAGGUCUUUUCUACAUCAAGGCACUCAGGACCGUCUUUGUGGCUUUAUACCUCGAGGGUAUCUGUCUUGCCGGUCUGUUGUUCCUCUCCAGCAACCAGGAUGGAGGACGAUCCAAGGCCGGUCUGGCCGGUGGUGUCAUCAUGGUCUUCAUGAUCAUUGUCACUGCCCUGCUCCAAUUCUACAUUGAUUGGUUCAAGUUCAAGAAGAGCAAGCUCGUGUACACCAACUCUGGCGCAUACGAGAAUGCAAGCGGCAAGGGAGCCGUAGAUCGCGUGAACACAUCGACUUCGGAGGAACACUCUCUAGCUGGACCCGAGCUUGGUAACACCUCUGGUUUCCAUGAGCAAGCCUUUGAUCACCCUGCCUUGUGGAAGAAGCAGCCCACGGUCUGGAUCGCGGAUGACCCUCUCGGCGUUGGCAAGUUUGAAUCGGCGCGUAUCAAUGAAGCUUCGGUCGAAUCUAGCACAGAGUUCGCGACGAUGGAUGAAAAGGCCAACAUUAUGGUGCAACGUGCACCUCCUGAUGAAGCUUGGUACGGCGGUUUCACACGGGCCUAA